AUGAAGCGUAAGCAGUUGAUGGAUGACUUUCUUAAGCACAAGAUAUUCAGUCAUUGCCAGGCAUAUGUGUUUGUUAUCGAGUAUCAGAAGCGAGGCCUGCCUCACUCUCAUAUCCUUUUUUGGAUCUCAAAUUUCGACCAUCAUAACCCACGUGUUAUUGAUGACUUUGUCUGUGCAGAACUCCCGGACCCUGAUGAAGAUCCUAUGCUUUUCGAUUUGGUAACGUCUUACAUGAUGCACGGCCCCUGCGGAGACCUUCACCCCAAUGCCGUCUGUAUGGUCGAAAAGAAUGGGCGGAAGGUAUGCUCAAAAGGCUUUCCGAAGCCUUUUACCAAUGAGACAAUUCCACCAGAUAACGCAUACCCCAUUUACCAACGCCGUCAAGGGUUCAGUCACACAGUGAAGCACCCAUUAUAUCGUGAUCAAGAUAUCCAGAUUGGUAACGAAUGGGUGGUUCCUUUUAAUCCAUUCCUUCUCCGCAAAUACCGCGCACAUAUCAAUGUUGAGGUCUGUGCUGGGAUGUUCGCUGUGAAGUACUUGCAUAAGUAUUUACACAAGGGCCCUGAUCGGGCUACUGCGGAAUUGACGCUAAAUGAGGCAAAGGACUUGAUCUCCGGCCGAUACAUUGGAUCAUCUGAGGCUGUCUGGCGUUUACUGGAAUUUGAUAUUGAGUGUAUUAAACCUUCUGUCUUACCUUUGGUUGUCCACCUUGAGGACCGGCAAUCUGUUAUCUUUGAUGAAACCUUAGGUGACAAUGAGCUUGAACAGCUCUUGAAUAGUUCGAAGACCCCAUUGACCGAGUUCUUCCGUUGGUAUAUAGAGAAUCCCGAUUCUCCACGAUAUAUCUACCAAGAAUUCCCACGUCAUUUUGUCUACCGCCAGAAGAAAUGGCACCCUCGACAACCCUCCAGUGAGAUGCAAAUUGGCCGUGUUCAUCCACUACGUCCUAACCUAGGAGAUGUCUAUUUCCUACGCUAUCUCUUGAUGUCUGUGCCAGGACCGUCAGGUUACGAAGACCUUCGUACAUAUAAUGGGGUUAUAUAUCCUACUUUCAAGGAAUCAUGUGAGGCCCGUGGUCUCCUUCGACAAAAUGAUGAGUGGAUUAAAUGUUUCGAAGAUGCCAUUCACUUUCAGACUGGCAGAGUUCUCCGUAUGAUGUUUAUAUCCGCUAUCCUAAAUGCUCCUUUGGAUAGUUCUUUAGCAAGUCAAAUCUGGGAUAAGUUCAAGGAGCAUUUCGGCGAUGAUCUUCCUCCUCGCAUUCGCCGGUUAACCAACCAGUUCGACCCACCUAACGAUAAAUCAAAUGAGGACUUGGCUCUUUGGUAUAUCCAGCAGGAUCUCGCAUUCUCUGAUAAGACGUUAGAGGAAUAUGAUCUCCCUUACCCUAUCAAUGAUUGGGCCUCUAUCCUUACUGUUCAAUAUGAGGAGGUUCAGGAGGAAUUAUCCUACGAUCUGGAUAAGCAACGCAGUGAUUUUGAACAACGAUAUCACCUUAUGACAGAAGGUCAGAAGGCUGCCUUUGAUAGUAUUGUCCGGCAGGUCGAGGGAGACCCAAACAAUGCCCGUUUCUUCCUACAUGGUCCUGGUGGGACAGGGAAAACUUUUAUUUACCACGCGCUAGCUUCGUAUUUCCGAUGGCGCUCCCCUGGUGCUGCGGUACUAUGUGUGGCGUCUACCGGCGUUGCAUCACUACUCCUUGAAGGUGGUCGUACCGCACAUAAACGCUUCCGUGUCCCAGUGCCAUGUGAUGAGGCCAGUACCUGUUCCAUUGCAAAACAUACUGCGGCGGCAAAGUUGAUUUCUCUGACACGAUUGAUCAUCUGGGAUGAAACUCCUAUGACACAUCGGGAUGUUUUUGAUGCGGUGGAUAGGAUGCUUCGUGAUAUUCGCGAAACUGACUACCCUGGGGCAAGCCAGCUACCCUUUGGUGGUAUUCCGACAGUCUUUGGCGGUGACUUCCAACAAACGCUACCAAUUGGUCCUCAGGGUAGUAAUACCCGCGCCUCGAUUGUUCAAUCCACUCUACAGUUUGCCUAUGUCUGGGAUUCUUCAAUCCAAAUUCUCUCAUUGGUUGAAAAUAUGCGCCUUCGCUCAAUAAAUCCUGCCAAUGUCUCCCUCGCCCAAUGGCUUUCCCAGCUUUGUACGGAUGAAGCGAUGGAGGGGUUGAUUCCGAUGACUUGCAUCGGUUAG